GAACACCCCACAUAACAGAAACAACCAGGCAAACACAAAUCACUGUAUACAGAGGAAUAUAUAAAUCGCACUACUUUUAGAUUGUCGACCUACUCGUUACUCAUUUGAUGCAGCAAGCAUAAAACGAAUUCUCAUAGUAAAUAACAAAAGCAAAAACAYCGCARCUUCAGAAAGAAUGAAAGCCACACCGAAACGACUUCCAAUGCGAUUAUGGAUUAAGAAAAAGCUUGAUGAGGGUGCUUAUCCCGAAAUGAAAUGGCUGGACAAAGAAGAAGGGAAAUUUCAAGUCUCAUGGAAGCAYGGCUCAAGACAAGACUGGCACUACACUGAUGUACGAGUCUUCCGUGAYUGGGCCUUAUACACYGGAAAGUUAAACCCAGAUACAAAUCCUUUCGAUGCAAAUACAAUAAGAAGGUGGAAGACRAAUUUCAGRUGUGCAUUAAACUCACUACCCGAGAUCGAACAGGUACGCAACGAAAGCGACGGGAAAGGGAAAAACGCAAGGAAGGUUUACAUCUUCAGACGACAGGCAGCUACAAAAUCAAAAUCAAGGAAACUCAAAGAACACCGAAAGCAGUUAGUAGCAGCGAAAAGAACAGAACUGGAGCCAGAUGACCGACAAAUUAUAGAGAUUGUUGAUGAAAUGUGCUGGUCUCCGUUAUUAAUCCAGCAAUCGCCAAAAGCCGACGCCGAAUUGACACAAGUCAGAGAUCUCUUGGAAAAAGAUCAGACCCCGUAUCAGCCUGUAUGGAUGACAUGGCCGCCGUAUCCUAUUGGAGCCUGCUAAGCAUGUCGGGUGGGAUCGGUUCAGCAAGUCUUGCCUGACCGGAGUAAGGCGAUAUCUAUUAUAAGUCCUCACAAGCAAGUUGGUAUUAUCCAAGCAAGAUAGGAUUCGAAGAGUAUCGGAUAGAUGGUUUAGGGAUUAAAGAAAAACUUACAAUUAUAACAUAAUGAAAGCUUUUGCAUAUCAACGCUCUAAAUGAAGUGGAAUGUAAAAAAAAACUUCAAGUGAUGAUACAUAAUAUAAAAUUAAGGCUUUUUGUUAUUUUAUACAUGCAAAAGGAGUCCACUAACAUGCAAACUACAUUUACUGUUGAUCAGCUUUAAAAUAUCUUCAGCUUUGAAAUUAGGUUUACUGUGGUGGUAGUGAGUUCAAUAACUUUAGCAGCAGGAACAGGAAAUAAGCUUAGGUAGUAAGUGGUAAUACAUUGUAAUUUAUCUAUUGACACCAGCAUCAUAAUGCCUUUAAUAACUAAUUGUAUAUAUGUUAAUAAAUUUCAUAAAUAUA